GCUUGGAUCUCUCGUCUACAGCGAAAACCAUCUCACCAUCAGUCCGAUAGUCUAUGAUCUCAUGCUGAUAAGAAUCCAUAACUCUCCUGACUUGGCUUGAACUUGGCAUGAUAGGGCAGGGCCUACAACGGACUUGAGUCUGCGAUAAGCUUGCAUAGUGUUUAUCAAGACUGAAUAAAAAGCUCGCAGUGCCUCAUCUUCUAUCAAACACUCAAGCCAAUUCUUCAAUUGUAUACAACAACAACUUCACGUUACAUCAAUUCAUCAUGAGCAACCCUCUUGUGGUUAGCAUCUCCAACCUGGCGGCUUACACGCCCCAAGAAACAAUCGAGCUUGUUUCCCGUUCUGGCGUCAAGAGAGGCAACAUGCGUCCCGACAAGGUCUUCCUCUCUGCUGUCUCCGCGGGAUGCCUUCUUGGCUUUGGCUGUGGCGUCUCGCUAUGUGCCAUGACAGCCCCCUGGUACACUGAGAACGCGCCCGGUUUGGUAAAGCUUUUUGGCGCUGGUGUUUUCCCUUUGGGCCUAGUGCUUGUUGUGCUUACAGGCGCGGACUUGUUUACUGCAACUACUAUGGUAAGCUAGCUUGAUACUUUAUUAUUGCAUUAUGGCUGAUGAGGUAUCAGUUUACCUUAACUGCUGUCCUUCAAGGUCGGCUUCCGAUCCGAAAGAUGCUGCUACACUGGUUCCUUUGCUUUUUCGGCAAUCUUGCAGGAUCGCUAUUUGUCAUGUCCAUCAUUAUGGGAUAUGGCGGAGUCUUUGAUGCAUCACCCUACAAAGAAGUCGUCAUUUCAUUCGCCAGCAAGAAACAAAUCUCUCCCCAAGUUCAUCAAAUCUUCCUCAAAGCAAUCGGCUGCAACUGGCUCGUCUGCCUCGCCGUAUUCCUCGGCAUCCAAGCCAAGGAUCUCGCCUCCAAGGUCAUCGGCAUGUGGUGGCCCAUCUUUGCUUUCGUUGUCCUCGGCCUCGAACACGUUGUCGCCAAUAUGUUCUACAUGUCUCUCGCCAUUUGGCUCAAGACACCUGAUCUUACUGUUGGACUGUACAUCUGGAAGGGCAUGAUCCCAGCUACGAUUGGCAACAUUAUUGGCGGUGGCAUGUUUGUCGGCGUGUACUACUGGUACAUGUACUUGUUUGACGAGGACCCUGUUAAGAUUGAUGGUGUUGAGUACCAGGGUCCCCAUGUGGACUCUCACAUGCACAUGCACUUCCUUGCCAACAGAAACAAGAGCACCGUCACCGAUGAGGAGAGUAGGAUCGAGUCAGCGCCUGUUUCAGUGCCGGCCAGUGUUCUCGCGAAAUAGGACAUUCGGAGGUGGAAUGAUAGAUACGAAAAUUGUUAUGAUUCUUUAGAUAUAGAGUACCGCUACUUAAUUAGACAUGAAUUUACACCAUUGGCCACAUGCUUUUGCCAUCAGCUUC